AUGGCUGCUGACCUAGAUGUGCUGAACCUAUUUGUCAUCGCUGGGGGAACACUGGCCCUUCCCAUUCUGGCUUUUGUAGCGUCCUUUCUCCUCUGGCCCUCAGCGCUCAUAAAAGUGUACUACUGGUACUGGAGGAGGACCCUUGGCUUGCAGGUGCGCUAUGCAGACUGUGGGGGCUACCGCUUCUGCUACUCUUACCGGGGAAAACCAGGGAUGAGACCCUCGAUCCUGAUGCUGCACGGUUUCUCAGCUCACAAAGACACAUGGCUCACUGCGGUCAAGUAUCUCCCUAAACAUCUGCACAUCCUGUGUGUGGAUAUGCCCGGCCAUGAAGGGACAACACGCAUCAACACGGACGACUAUUCCAUCCAGGGCCAGGUCAGGCGGAUCCAUCAGUUUGUAGAGACCAUUUACUUGAACAGGAAACCCUUCCAUCUGGUUGGAACUGCAAUGGGGGGCAACGUGGCCGGGGUCUACGCAGCCUGCUAUCCCUCCGAAAUAUGUAGCAUGACUCUCAUAUGUCCAGAUGGUAUAAGGCAUCCAUGUGAGACCAAAUUUGACAAUCAUCUGCAGGAUCUUGAGCAUAGCCAUUACACACUGAACAUCCCACUGAUUCCAACAACACCGGAGGAGAUGGAGGACAUGCUGAAACUUUGCUCGCAUGUUCGCUUUAGAAUCCCUCAACAGAUUCUUCAAGGACUGGUGGAUGUUAGGCUGCCCCACAAUGACUUUUAUUACAAAGUUUUCAUGGAGAUUAUUGGUGAAAAAUCAAGAUAUGCCUUGCAGGAGCACUUACAUCUGAUCACUACGCCAUUGCAAGUGAUAUGGGGGAAAAGAGACCAGGUGGUGGACAUCACUGGGGCUACAGUAAUUGCGGAGGCCUUGCCAGGGUGCCGAGUCGACCUGCUGGAGAACUGUGGCCACUCUGUGGCAAUGGAGAGGCCUCGGCAGACGGCCAAGCUUAUACUGGACUUUAUUAUCUCCCAGCAAAAUGUCAAGGGCAGUACCAAGAAGUCAUCGUGA